GAUACGUGUGACGGAUUCAUCGUAGAAGAUUAACUUUGUCAAGCGAUUAGCCAUAUGGAAUAAAAUCGAAAACAUUGAAAAAACAAUUGCGAUAAUCUUGACAAUUUUCCUUUCUAAUAUUCAUUCGAGAUCCGCCGCGAUCCAAAGUAUUCUUCGAUCGAACGAAAGAGAACCAUUGUUCGUUUCACGCGCAAACGUGUAUCGCGUAUCCUUUGGUUUUCCAGUUGCGACUGUUCAAGUUGGAUAAGUCAUUCGUUUCCAGUACAAUAGAAAUCGAACAGCUUCUCAACGUUUAAAUAGGAUUUGCAACACUGCGAAUUUCACCGAUGACGCACGACCAGCUAGGAAUACGAAGGAACCGGAGCAUACGUUCGGUUCGAGAAGGUGGUGGUAGGGCGCUGCGUGUCAAAGGUAGGCGACUUUGUAUAAAAUCAAACGGGCCUGUUGAAAAGGUGUCACACGAACCAGUAUUCUCAGUACAUCGAAGAUAUUUGUUCAGCAACGAGUACAACGUCAAGAUGCGUGCAAUCAACGUUACGAUCGUUGCUAUUACAUGUUGCUUCCUAGUAUCUUUCAUUAUUGCCACUGAUGCUGUACCCGCUGAAGAGAAUUACUCGCCGACCCUCGACAAUUCUGACAAUGUUCAGUCGUUUGAACAUGAAGCUGGGAGUGCUGGAGUGCCGCUGAAUAGACAAAAAAGAACGCUUCUACUCAAGAAGAAACUUCUCGGUGCAGGACUUGUUGGUUUCGGUUUGGGACUCGCAAAAGGGUACAAAGCUGGCUAUUAUACCGCCCCGAGUGUUCGUCACGUGUAUCUGUCACCCCCAUCGCCAGCCGUAAAAUAUAUUGAAUACGUUGAGAAACCCAUUUUCGUCGAAAGGAUAAUAGAAAGACCGGCACCGCCAUUCGUUAAGCCGAUAGUGUCGGCUGGAUUUAAAGAUCCUUCAUCGUCGUACGGCGCAUGGUAAAACUAAUGCUGAACCAGACUCACCGAUCCAAAGGUCCGAUCCAAAGUUACACACAGCCGAAUCAGUAGCAGUCGUCGAGCGCAUCGUUAAAAACUUGCAAUCUACGAGAACUGUAAAUAAUGUGAACGCAAAAUAGAAUAACGAAUAAAUAGAACA